UCCAUGGAUCAUCUCAGGGGAACACCUCCCACAACUCUACACAUCCACCGCCGCCGCCGCCGCCGCCGCCGCCGCCACCUCCACCGCCAUUCUUUCUUCUCACCGGACUCUGAUAUCCAGUGCAAGUACCGAGCGUAACAUGCAUCACCCGAUGGACGUUGGUGGGGUAAUGCGGGGAGAUAAACUCGAGGGAUCCUCCCCCCCUCCAUAAGCAGCGGGCAGGACUCCUACAGCACUUGCAAGCGUGGAUCGCUACCCAGCUGUAAAUAUAGGACGACUACGACCCUUUAACCGUCACACGGACUCUUCGCCGUUUUCAAGUUUUGCUACCACCGCAGUCUAGCCAGGUCUGCCGCGACUCUCACCAUCAUCCAUCUAUCCCAGAGGACCACGUCCCAAAACGCGCGCCCGUCAUGCCCGAACGACAGAUCCAGCUCGUCCGCCUCGCGCACGUGUUCUACAAGCACAAGAACAUUGACGACGCCCGACGGUUCUACGACGACUUUGGGUUCUUCGAAAUCGAGCGCAGGGGCAACAGGACGUUCUACCGCGGCUACGGCACCGAGCCCUUCGUGUUGUGCGCCGAGGAGGCCGCCGAAGACGAGUUCGGAGGUCCGGCCUUUGUCGUCGAGUCCAUGGCGGACCUCGAGCAGGCGUCCAAGACGCUGCCGGGCGCGACGGCCAUCUACGACCUCGAGGACGUGCCGGGCGGCGGCAAGUGCGUCACCUUCAAGGACCCGGUCGACGGCUGGUCGUUCCACCUCGUCCACGGCCAGACGCCCGUCGAGAAGAGGGACCCGGGCUUCCCCAAUCUCAAGUUCAACUUUCCGACAGAGAAGCACCGCGACGUCAACCAGAAGCAGCGCUUCACGAAGCGGCCGGCGCCGGUGCACAAGCUGGGGCACUUUGGCGUGUGCCUGACCAACUUUGACAAGGCGUACGAGUUCUAUACCAGCAACUUCAACCUCUAUCCCAGCGAGCUCGUGCACGCGCCGGACGACAAGGACAAGAAGGUGACGGUCUUCUUCCGCCUCGCGCGUGGAAAGGAGUACGUCGACCACCACUGCUUCUUCUUCUUCGAGGGCCCCAAGUUCCACGUGCACCACUCGUCGUUCGAGACGCACGACUUUGACACGCAGGUCCUCGGCCACGACUGGCUGCGGCACCAGGGCCACAAGAGCUGCUGGGGCGUCGGCCGGCACAUCAUGGGCAGCCAGAUCUUUGACUACUGGUUCGACCCUUCGGGCUUCAUCAUGGAGCACUACGUUGACGGCGACCUCCUCGACGACUCGGAGGAGACGCACCACAACCCCGCGUCGCCGGACAACCUGCACGUCUGGGGGCCCGAGCUGCCGGCCGAUUUCUUGCAAUGAUGGAAUCCCAGGCUCUCUCUCUCUCUUUCUGUCAUGUCAUGUCAUGUCUCGUCAGCAGUUUCGUCUUCUUCUUCAUCGCAAUACCAUGUACAGUAGUAGUAAGGGUGCGACUGCGCACACGAGCAAAACACACAAAAUGGCAGCGUCGUGUUUGUCGUGCCUCCAAACGUUUCGUUUAUCCACAAAGUGAUGAAACCGGUCCUGGACCGUGGGGUCCAAGUCGCCCUCCCCCACCCACAACCUUUUGUAGCGAGUCAGUCGCCGGAUAUUCUAUUUCAAGGACCACCAAAUCCUACUGUUGCCUGCGAGCUCCAGUAGGCGACCAAAGCGUUUUUUUUGUUUUUUUUCCUUCCUUCCUUUUUUCUUGUUUUUUUCUUUCUCUUUUUGU